AUGACACAUGCAAGCAGGAAAGAAGGUUCUAAAUCAAGAAGAUCAUUGCUCGUUGGAAUACAUGCGAUGAUUACUUCGUUUGGGCUUGAAAGGGCUAAAUUUCAUUAUCAGAUUCUAAUUAAUAGCAAGAUUUCACAUGGGGAUCAGAGCUUUGAAAUUCUGAACCCGUUUAAUUUGUUAUUAAAACAGAAAGGUCUGAGGAGAUGUGGCAAGAGUUGCAGACUUCGUUGGUUGAAUGAUCUAAAACCAGAUGUUAAAAGAGGAAACAUUAGCCCAGAUGAAGAAGAUCUCAUUAUCAGGCUUCACAAGCUCUUAGGCAACAGAUGGGCUUUAAUAGCUGGAAGGCUUCCAGGUCGAACGGACAAUGAGAUCAAGAAUUACUGGAAUUCAACCGUGAAAAGAAAGGUACAAGCUAACAAUCAGAAACAGCCCAGGAGAGCGAAGAAAGUUGCAAAAAAGCAAACCAGAAAGACCUCAUCAGCAUUAAACAAGGUGUCAAUAAGCACAAACAAUAGUCUUCCUUCACCACCAGUAUCAGCUGAACAUAAAGAGACUGAUCAGAUUCUCAGAGUACCCUCAAUUGAAGAAGGAACCCUGGAAAAAUAUCUGAUAGAGGACUCCAACUCAAAUGAUGAGCUUUUGCUAUUUACUAAUGACAAUGCUGUGCCUUGCAACUUGAUGGAUUUUGAUAUGGGGCAGAUGAGCUUAUCUUAUUUUCUCCAGACUGAUAUCUCCUCUAACAGUAAUAACAUCCAUGUUGAUGGGUCUUCACCUUCUUCUCCAGAUGUAGCUUCUUUGUUCCCUGAGGCUAUGCUGACGAAUUGGACAUAUGAGGAUGGCUUUGAACUUGAGGAGGCUAUGGGUCCUUGA